UUUUUAUGUCUGCUCUCUAGAUCCGUGUUUACUCUGCUCCCAGCCGCCAUUACUUCCCUGAGCGUCCUUCCCUGGCAGGGCCACAGCUCCUGCCGACAGUGCCAGGAGCGAGGUUUUGAGGAGCAAUGACAGAAGUGAAGAGAGAGGUGUUUGGGCAGAUGCCCCAGGAAGAAGGAGGAGGAGUGGUGGAAAAGUUCAUCUUAAAGUCAGACAGCAUGAAAGUGGAGAUCCUGUCCUUAGGGUGCAUAAUCGCCGCUCUGGAGACAAAAGACAGGGAUGGGGAGUUUUCAGAUGUUGUCCUAGGCUUUGACACUUUAGAAGGUUACAUGAAGAAGCACCCGUUCUUCGGUGCUGUUGUGGGGCGUGUUGCCAACAGGAUUGCAAAGGGGAGGUUCACUGUCGACGGGAAGGAGUAUCAGCUGACCCUCAACGAUGGGCCCAACAGCCUGCAUGGAGGAGCCAGAGGAUUUGACAAGGUACUCUGGAGCCCCCAGGUCCUCCCAAACGGCGUCUGCUUCUUCCGUCUCAGCCCUGAUGGUGAAGAAGGCUACCCUGGUGACCUGAAAGUCUGGGUGACCUAUACACUCAGUGGUGGGGAGCUGACCAUCAACUACCGAGCCCAGACCAGCAAAACAACACCCAUCAGCCUGACAAACCAUGCAUACUUCAACCUCGCAGGGCAGGGUUCACAGGAUAUCUACAACCACGAGAUUUCUAUUGAAGCAGAUUCCUACCUGCCUGUGGAUGACACCAAGAUCCCUACUGGGGAGGUGGCAGCCGUGCAGGGCACCAGCUUUGAUCUCCGGUGGCCCGUGGAUCUGGGGAAGCACUUGCAGAAGUUUCACCUGGAUGGCUUUGACCACAACUUCUGCCUGCAGCAGGCGCAAGCUCGACGCCUCGUGGCCAGGGCUCGCCACCCACCCACCGGCAGGGCCAUGGAGGUUCACACCACCCAGCCUGGCAUCCAGUUUUACACCGGGAACAACCUGGAUGGCUCCCUGAAGGGCAAAGGUGCCAUUGUGUACCCCAAGCACUCGGCUUUCUGCCUGGAAACCCAGAACUGGCCCGACGCUGUCAACAAGCCCCACUUCCCCAAUGCCCUACUCCAGCCGGGUGAGGAAUACAACCAUACCACAUGGCUUGUGUUCAACACUGCUUAAGGAAAGGGGAUGCUGACUCCUACCACCGAGAGGGCAGCCAUCAAACCAAUAGAGUAGGCCCAGGAACAGGCUGGGCCAAGAGCAGAACCAUCUCCUUCAGAGCAGAGCUUCAGUUUACUCUUGUUCUCCUAUGACAACUCACCAAGGACAUCCAAUCAACCUAUGUCAGCCAUGCUACCUGGGCAAGGUGGCACAAAGCACAAGCUGCAUUCACUUACUAUGGAAGGAUUAAACUGCAACUUAAGAGAACAAAUGACAUCCUGUGUUCCUUUAAAAUUUGAUCGUCACCCUUAUGGCACGUUUCUUGGUACAAAAUAAUUCUGACAGGUGUGUAUCUCAAAUUUAAUUCAGCUUCUGCAGACUGACACUUUGCUAUUCAACAAAGCUGGAAACAGCUGUAAUGCUCACAGCCCUAGCAAGCCCUUCAAGACUUGCCUGGCUAUAUGCAUUAAUGCUUUAAACACACUACCGGAAGGGCAUCCUGAUUUCUCUAAAAAUUAAUAAGAAGAAUCCACAGUCUCGUGUGCGCCACACAAAGAAACUUUUCCGAUUAAUUAUAAAUUUGUUUGCUAUGUUAGCUGUUAAUGCAACCUGAUCA